AUGCUGACUGCUGACGAGAGUACUCUUAUCGAUAAAGAAUAUGUUUUGGACGAUAAUCUAUUUGAACCUGUCUACGUUCUUCGACCAAUCGAUCCAGAAAGAAGAGAAGAAUGGCGAAUACUUGAAAAAGAUUUAACAACGAUCUUACGUCGAGCAUCUGAUAUCUGUUUAGAAAAUAACAAAAUUACUCAGAGUGAACGAAACCAAUUUCAUAUUUCUGUGACGGCCAUGGAAAUCGUUCGAGCAUUGGAAAAUAAUGCAAUCGAUCCCCAACGAAUGGUUGCCUUUUUUCGAGAGAUUGAAGAUAUUGACAAACUUGACGUUAAACUCAAAUCAAAAUUGAUUGAUACCGAUGAUGAAACAGAAAUAUUAUUGAAUCAAAUAAAAUUAAAUAUUCGAGAGAAUCUUCCACUUGAUAAUCAAUUCAACCAUCAAGUCAACUGGAAAGAUGUCUCGGAUCGAGCCGAUUAUCUAACCAAAUUUCAAACUGAUUUCUAUGAUGUUAUUAAGCGACAAAUUGAUUAUUAUAUGACAAAAGUUCAAGCAAAACAUGUUUUGUACGAUGAAAUCCUCGAACAUGCUAUACAAUGUCGAACAUUGAAUGAACACUUUUUUUCACGUGAUGAAAUUCUCGAGAAAGUUAGAGCAUUUGUUUUGUCAGAUGUAUCACAACCAUGCAUGAUAUUCGGCAAGUCAGGCUCGGGAAAAUCAUCUAUUAUGGCUCAAAUAACAAUCAAGGUAUUAGAAUGGUUUCGAAAUCCGAGUUCGGUCUCUAUCAUCAUUCGUUUUCUUGGUGUAACACCAUUGUCAAGUGAUAUUCGUCGACCAUUAAUGUCGAUUAUACAACAAAUCUGUAUUCUCUAUCAUCUCGCACCAUUAUCUCCUGUUCAAGACUCUACAACAACUGAAGAACUAAAAACAAUAUUGCAAAACCUCUUUAUGCAAAUUCCAAUUAGUGAACAACUUAUUCUUCUUUUCGAUUCAAUCGAUUAA